GAAUUUGGGGGCGGGACCCUGGCCUGGCACAGACACUGACACUCUCAGUAGACACUCUCACUCCUCUCUCUCAUACACACUUUCUUCAACCCAAGGAGUCCACAGACAGAGAGACGUGGUCACUCUCUGAAAGGUUCAGCUCCAGAGAGACAAAAUGCAGUGGGCCUCUGUCCUGCUAUUGGCAGGGCUCUGUUCCCUCUCCUGGGCUCAGUAUGAUGAAGAUCCCCACUGGUGGUUCCACUACCUCCGAAGCCAGCAGUCCACCUACUAUGAUCCUUAUGACCCUUACCCUUAUGAGCCUUAUGAGCCUUACCCCUAUGGGGUGGAGGAAGGUCCAGCCUAUACCUAUGGCUCUCCAUCCCCACCAGAUCCUCGAGACUGCCCCCAGGAGUGUGACUGCCCACCCAACUUCCCCACGGCCAUGUACUGUGACAACCGCAACCUCAAGUAUCUUCCCUUUGUCCCCUCCCGCAUGAAGUAUGUCUACUUCCAGAACAAUCAGAUCUCCUCCAUCCAGGAAAGUGUCUUCGACAAUUCCACCGGUCUGCUCUGGAUUGCUCUUCAUGGCAACCAGAUCACCAGUGAUAAAGUGGGCAGGAAGGUCUUUUCUAAGCUGAGGCACCUGGAGAGGCUGUACCUGGACCACAACAACCUGACCCGAAUGCCUGGCCCUCUGCCUCGAUCUCUGAGGGAACUCCAUCUUGACCACAACCAGAUUUCACGGGUCCCCAACAAUGCUCUGGAGGGGCUUGAGAACCUCACAGCCUUGUACCUUCAACACAACGAGAUUCAGGAAGUGGGAAGUGCGAUGAAGGGCCUCCAGUCACUGAUCUUGCUGGACCUGAGUUACAAUCACCUUCGGAGGGUGCCUGAUGGACUGCCCUCAGCCCUUGAGCAGCUGUAUCUGGAGCACAAUAAUGUUUAUUCUGUUCCUGACAGCUACUUCCGGGGGUCACCAAAACUGUUGUAUGUGCGGUUGUCCCAUAAUAGUCUCACCAACAAUGGCCUGGCCUCCAACACCUUCAAUUCCAGCAGCAUCCUUGAGCUUGACCUCUCCUACAACCAGCUGCAGAAGAUCCCCCCAGUCAACACCAAUCUGGAGAACCUCUACCUCCAAGGCAAUAGGAUCAAUGAGUUCUCUAUCAGCAGCUUCUGCACCGUGGUGGACGUCAUGAACUUCUCAAAGCUGCAGGUGCUGCGCCUGGACGGUAACGAGAUCCAGCGCAACGCAAUGCCGGAGGAUGCGCCCCUCUGCCUGCGCCUGGCUAGCCUCAUCGAGAUCUGAGUGGCCCUCGCAUUGGGUGCAGGGCCCAGACCCCCCACGCCCCACUGCAUUUGGCUUGAUGGUUUGGUUUGGCUUUUGUUGGAAGGUCUAGGACAGAUCAUGUGACAGAAUUCCACGGGCUCCCCCUGUAGUCUUCUCCCCUGUAGGCAGGGUCAGGAGGGAUGGGAGGACAGGAAGAUUUUUUGCUGAGGUACAUGGCACAAACUCUUUUCCAGGACAGAAAUGGCAUCAGAGAGAGUAAUCCCUGACAAUGCCAACAUCAGAAAUCUCAUUACCCUUAAGUUCUUCCCAAUGAUCUGAUCUCAUGAUCCUUGGGUAUAAUAUGUAACCUACUUCAACAAUUCCUGACUCUGUGAGCAGUGCUUGACAGCUCUCCCACCUGCAGGGCUGGUCAUGCUGUCCCUCUGGGCUGGCACUUGCUGCUCCUCAGAAUAUACCUCUCAUCCAGCUGCCUCCUGCUAACUCCACCUCAUCCACUCAACUUGCUCCAUGGACAGUUCUUGUACACCUUAGGCAGAGGCAGGAAAGACCCCAAAGCACAUGGGCAUCUGCCUGCCAGAGAACCCACAAGUGUGUCUGAAAUUGGAAGGACACCAAAAGUCACCUCUGGGCCUCCCUAACCUCACUCCUUGAAAGCCACCAAACUGGAGGUCACCAGUAUGAUGACAAUAUUCAUGGCCUGAUGUGGGAGGAGACAACUAACCCUUGGCUUAGAUAAGUGUAUUGGGCUAUAUAGCAGUCAGGCAGUUCUUUGAAGGUAGGUCAGACUUCAAAAGAGGAAAGAUCAGACUGAAUUGCCUGAUCUGAGAAGUCUCCCCAGUAGUUCUCCUCUUGCCCUGAACUGUCUGCAUUUCCAGCAGCUCCCAACUUGGGUCUUUAUCCUCCAAGGGAAAACCAUGUAGCUCUUGAAGCAUGAGAUAGUUUGUCCAAUCCUCUUAUCCAAGCAGGAAGGUCUACAUCUUAAUGGGAGAGACAGGCUCCAACCAACCCUGCACUUACCUGCUAGCCCAAGAAGGAGGCUGUGGCUUACCUGUAUUGAUUGAUUUGUCUUUAAGGCACUGUUCCGUAGAACCAGCUCUGGCUGAAGAUGCUCACUGGGUUCGUGAAGCUCAGGCCAGGCAGCCAACUCUUGCUUCUGCUUUUGCAUCUCUGAGCUACACCCUCAUUACUGAAGGUGGCAGUUGCUUUAUAGCUUGGUUGGAGAGCAUUGCAGUCUUCCCAUUUCUGAAAAGUAAUGUUGCCUGGGCCAAACCCCCUUCCCUUUGGGGCACCAUCAGGAUGAAGCCCCCUGGGCAGCCCAGGGCAGGAACUGCUGGAAGAGAGCUAACCCUACCCUGGCCCCUGCCCAGAUGCCAUUAUGUCCCUGAUGCUAUGUGUAUUUUAAAGCAGCUUCCCCAAGAAAUGAAAGGAGUAAUCCUUGGACUAUGUUCUUGCCUCCAGACCCUGAAAUCCGCAAAAGCCAAACCAGCUCAUUUUAACAAAGUAGCUCUGAUUUGAGGGGCAAGGCUGCCUCCUGCCCCAGGGCUCUUCAGAAAGCAUUUGCAUGUGAACACCAUCAUGCCUCUAUAAAGGAUCCUUGUUACAGGAAAAGCAUGAGUGGUGGCUAACCUGACCAAUAAAGGUAUUUUACAAUUGCA